AACUUUUCUGUUGCGUUUGCACUGCGUUAGGCUUAUUAUAUUUCAAACCGUUUGCUCAAUCAAAGUUAAGGUGGAUUUUUCGAAAAUAAGACAGUGAACGUUGAACUUUUUGUGGAAUAUAUAGAGAGCAACUGUAUUCUUGUAUUUUCAAGGAGAUUCGGUCGAGCACUUCGAAAUGAACGGGACGCUUCACGGCAGCGCAGAGAAUGAUAAACUGGCCGAGGCUAUAAAGGAACUGGACCAAUGGAAGAAACGGUGUGAGAAAGCAGACCAAGAAAAAUCCAGGUUGUUACUGGAAAAAAUGGACUCAGAGUUGGAAAAGAAACAAAUCCAAAAGGAGACAACCGAUUUAAUUGAGGCUCAAGAGCGACUUAAAGGAAAAUUUUCUGAAAGAAUGCAGGGAAUACAGAAGGAAAACACUGAUCUUGAGAAGACCAUUCAGGAUUUGUCAAGGAAACUCCAGAAAUUGCAGCAGGAGCUCAAAGCUAAACAGGCUGAGACCACUUCUCUACAGCAAAGAUUUAAGAUCAGAGCUGUGAUCCCUGAAAAAAGAGUGAAGUUCACUGAGGUGGUCAAGAAUGAAGAAGAGUAUGAAGAAUAUCAAAACAUUAAAGGAAUCUUCACCAUCACUCAAAGACCCUCCUUUGUUCUGAGGGGUGGGCAAGCCCUCAUCACCUUUGAAGAAGAGAAAGUGGCUGACCAAAUCCUCAGAUUAGCCAAGUGCUCUGUAGCCUGUGACACAGUCAAGAUGGAUGUGAAGCCAAGACAGAUUCCCCUGGGCCCAUCUGUGAAAUUUGAGGUGCAUCUUGAGGUUUCCAAGAGGACAAUCAAGUUCUCUCAAGCUCCUCUGAAUCAAGAUGAGGAUCGCAUGAGGGACCGACUGGAGAUCAGCUUCUCCAAGCCAAGUCAAGGUGGAGGAGAGGUGGACAGAGUGGACUAUGAUAAAAAGACAGGCACGGGCAUUAUCACCUUCCUCAACACUGGAGUUGCUGAGAACUUGUCUCUCAAGCGGAAGCACUGUGUUAAUGCUGGCCGUGAAGUGAUGGUAGAUGUUGCCCCAAGUUAUGAUUUCCAGCUAAAGAAGUUUCAGACAUUUUCUGGGGUGCCUAAACGGACAGUCCUACUGGAUGGGAUCAGAGACGAGUUGGAUGAGGAGGAUCUUCAGGACCACCUGGAGAUCCACUUCCAGAAGCCUAGCAACUAUGGUGGAGAGGUGGAGACCAUCAAAUACAUCUCAAAGAAGGAGCUGACAGCCUUCUUCAGCGAAGACCUCUCUGAGAUGGAGGCAUAAGCACCAAACCAAUGCAAAUGUAUGUGAAGCUUCAG